AUGGUAAAGACGAAGUUCACAAGGAAUGGAAGGGAGGUAAUGAUUUUCGGAGCGAUGAGAAAUUUCGAUUACGGGAGUGACGAAGCGAUUCAAGAGUCGAAGAAGGGUGGAGAACGCGAUGCUUCUGUGAGUUUGUCAUCGCCGGAGAGAUCGAGGAUCCGUAAAGGCGUUGAAGGGAUUUCAAUGUUGGCAUCUACAGAGGCGUCGAAGGCGUCGAAGACAAGGCGGGGAACUUCAUAUGGGUCGCCUGCGUCAUCUCCGGAGAAGACCACGAGGCGGGGAACUUCAUAUGGGUCGCCAUCUCCGGUGAAGGCCACGAGGCGUGGUUCAACUCUGUCUCCUAGAGUUGCGAAGAAGCAGAAGGUAAAUGUGGCUUCUUCUGGUGAUGACAAAGAAGAAUGGCCAGAGACUGAGAUGUUGGCAUCAACAGUUGCGAAGAAGACAAGGCGGGGAACUUCAUAUGGUGGGUCGCCUGUGUCUCCUAGACAAUCGAAGAAGCAGAAGGUAAACUCGGAGAAGAGUCUAGGUGAUGAUGGUGAUGAGAGAGAAGAAUUUCUCCAGAUUGUGGUAAAUGAAGAAGAGGAAUUUGGAGAUAUAGGUGAUGAUGGUAGGGAAGAUGAGAACGGUAUUGCUGGCAUUGAGGAAUUUGGUUGUACAAAUUUGAGUCUUUAUUUUGGUGAUAAAGCAAAAAAUGAUGACUGUGAGGUUGAUGAAGACGAAGGGGAUGAUGAUGAUAAAAUCCUUGAUCAUGUGUCAUCAGAUGAUGAGAAUGAAGAGGAGAUGAUACCUGCGCAAGCUUAUAGAGAAGACACUGAUCCAGAGGAGCUCCUUCGGCUAGGCAAGACAUUUUCAGAUGCUGAGGACUUCAAACAUGCUUGUCUCAGGUAUACCCUGAAAACCAGAUACAACAUCAAGUACUACAGAUCCAGUAGCUUGAAGAUGGGGGCAAAAUGUGCCGCUGAGAUGAGAGAUGAUGAGGCUCGAUGUCCCUGGAUGGUCUACUGUUCGUAUGAUAGGAGGAAACAGAAGUUGAUGGUAAAGACAUAUGUCAAUGACCAUAAAUGUGAGAGGACAGGGUAUUCCAAGAUACUUAAGAGGUCAGCAAUUGCAAGUCUAUUUGCUGAGAGGUUAAGGCUGAAUCCUAAGCUCACAGCAAAGGAGAUACUGUCUGAGAUCUUGAGGGAAGAUAUUGAGACCAUACCAGGAGCCACGGUUGGAAGCAAGAAGAGGUUCUACAGGCUCUACAUGUGUUUCCAAGCACAAAAGGAAGCAUGGAAGAAGACUUGUAGGCCUGUUAUUGGCUUAGAUGGAGCCUUUUUGAAAUGGGACAUCAAGGGACAGUUGUUGGCUGCGGUUGGAAGAGAUGGAGACAAUAGGAUUGUCCCUAUUGCUUGGGCUGUAGUGGAGAUAGAGAAUGAUACAAACUGGGAUUGGUUUGUGAAGCGUUUGGCCUUGGAUUUGGGAUUGGAAAAUGGGAACGGCUUUGUUAUAAUGUCUGACAAACAAAAGGGAUUAGUGAAGGCAGUUCAUACCCUCCUUCCAGAAGCUGAGCAUAGACAGUGUUGUCGCCAUAUAUACGAGAGCUGGAGGAAAGGUGGAAAAGAUCUAAGGUUACAGAGGUUCUUCUGGUUCAUUGCAAGGAGCUACACUACUGGUAUGUUCAACCACAACAUGGACGAGCUUAAGAACUAUGAUCCUGGCGCACAUGCAUCUCUGAUAAAGACAAAGCCAGAGACUUGGUCUAGAGCUUUCUUCAAGAUAGGCUCCUACUGCAAUGAUAAUCUGAACAACUUGUGUGAGUCCUUCAACAAGACCAUCGGGGAGCCUAGGAAGAAGCCUCUGCUAGACAUGUUAGAGGAGAUAAGGUGCCAAUGUAUGACUAGGAACUACAAUAGGUCUAAGAUGGCUAAGGACAGGAAGACUAGGUUCAUCCAGAAGACACAUAAAGAGUUAGACAAGGUUGAGAAGAAGUCAAAAGAGUGUAGUCUGCGUUGGGCAAUUGGGCCAAAGACUGAGGUGGAGGAUAAAGACCAGUCAUAUGUGGUGAAUUUGGAGAAUGAGACUUGUGCAUGUCGAAGCUGGCAAAUGAAUGGUAUUCCUUUCAUCCAUGCUGCUAAGGUCAUCCUUGCUACACAACCUAUAAGUGGCGUGAAACCUACAGUUUUGGGAUCAGACCUGUAA